CAUCCUUUGAAGCAUGAGUUCCCACCAGCAGAAGCAGCCCUUUGUCGCACGUCCUCAGCCUCAACAGCAUCAAGUGAAGCAACCUUGUCAGCCUCCACCACAAGGACAAUCUGUUCCCAUAACCACCACCACGGAGCCAUGCCGCACAGAUGUUCCACAACCAGGAAAAAACAAGAUUCUGAAGCCAUGCAAUACCAAAGUGCCUGAGCCAGGCUGUACUGUCGUCCCUGAGCCGGAUUAUACCACAAUGCCUGGACCAGGCUCUACCAACAUCCCUGAGCAGGAUUAUACCACAAUGCCUGGACCAGGCUCUACCAACAUCUCUGAGCAGGAUUAUACCACAAUGCCUGGACCAGACUCUACCAACAACCCUGAGCAGGAUUAUACCACAAUGCCUGGACCAGGCUCUACCAACAACCCUGAGCAGGAUUAUACCACAAUACUGGGGCCAGGUACUACCAAAAUCCCUGAGCCAGAUUAUACCACAAUGCUGGGGCCAGGUACUACCAAAAUCCCAGAGCCAGAUUAUACCACAAUGCCUGGGCCAUGCUCUACCAACCUCCCUGGGCCAGCUUGCACCAUGGUUCCUGAGCCAUGUUCCACCAAUAUCCCUGACUCGGGUUGUACCAUGGUUUCUGGGCCAUGCUCUACCAAUGUCCCUGAACCUGGCUAUGUGAAUGCCUCAGAGCCCAACUAUACCAAGGUCCCUGAUCAGGGCUAUACCAAGGUACCUGGUCAGGGAUAUUCUAAGGUACCAGAGCCAUGCCAAUCCAAGGCUACUGAGGUGUACCCCACAAAUGUCACUCCAGAAUUGGCUCAGCAGAAGACUAAGCAGAAGUAACACAGCCAGGCCCUUGAAGAGUCAACCACCUGCUGCUGAAUUCCUGCUUGUCUGCUUCUUUCCCUAUUGUCUAGAGACAGUAAUUUGCUACAUUCU